UAUCAAACUUGCGAAGCCACGGGAACGGAGAGUCUCAGCCGCUCACGGCCUCAGGUUCAUCUCCUCCCUCUGUUUCUUCCCUUCUCUCGGACUCUCUCCUCCCGUGCUCUUCCUUCCCUGGCGCCGACGACCGAUCGGCGGCGCCAUUUGUCCUGUCUUCGCCCAGCCCUUCGCCGGCGACGAGCGCAUCCUCCAGAUUCAUCUGCUUGAACAAAACAAGUAAAGAUGGCAUCAGAAGGGGAUAAAGAUGCACCUAGUGAAGCUCUGUCCAUGGAGCAGUCAUCAACUACUGGUGCAAAGCGCAAGCGGGGUCGCCCAAGGAAGUACGAGUACCCAGUAUAUGAUGUACCACAAAAGGCACAACCCAUUCAGGGUGCCCCACCUCUUCGCUGCACACAAGAUGGCUUGAGUAUUCGACAGGAUGGGCUGCAGGCCAGCCAUACAUCAGGUGGCAGUGCUCAUGGUAAUCGGUCUGGUCGACCUAGGAAUUCUGCUAACACGGUGAAUAAUUCUGACAACCAAUCAUCCUAUCAUAACAAUGCUCCUCUGCAACGUAAUUCAGGAAAGGAUGACGUUCUUGGCAAGCAUUUUGUUGGCAAGCUGACAAAGAAAAUUCCUGGAUUUGCCCUCAUUACGGUAAAAGUGAAGGACAAUCAGGUGCUCAAAGGUUGGGUUCCAGAUGAAAAUAAUCUCCGUCCAAUAACUCAUAAGGAUGACCUUGCCCCAGAGCUCCCCAUGCUUCGACCAAGCCAAGUUCGAAAGCGAGCUUCAACAAUCCUCAUGCAAGCAGCUCCUCCUGUGCCAAUCCACUUGGAGGACGUUACACUUGCAAAGCCUCUGCAGAUGAGGAGGCCUGCUGAGAAAACUAUUGCUAAGCACACUGUCCCUCUUGCUCCAAGGCCUUACAUGGGUUCUGCUGUUCUAGCAGCAGUGCCUGUAUCAAUUUCACCCAGUAAUCCUGAAAUGAGAACUUUGGCCAAGCAGGAUACUGAACCUGUGAUCCCUCAAUCAGUUGCUGCCGUGCCAAUUAAAUCCGCUCGUCCUGUAUUGGUACCAUGCAAACAAGUGGAUAAUCAAAAUGAACUUGCUGGAAAGAAGUCUGUCAAUGAGUUUCAGAAAGAUUUGGAGUCUUCAAAUGAAACGGAGUCAUCAGUGAUAGGUGAAAAAACAAACACUGCUCUUGUGGAUGUAGUAGUCAAGGAUUCUCCAGAGGGAAGGCAACUGCUUAAUGUUCAAGUAAUGGAUGUGGUUAAGGAAACUUCUGGCCAAACUCAGAAUGUUGAUGCAACAAUUACUGAUGAGAUCAAGAUAACAUCAGGCGUCGGAGAUCAACCAAAUUCUGCAAAUAGUGAGCAGCAGAGUUCUAAGGAGCCAUCAGAUAUUACGGAACAAUCUGAGCGGAUGAAGACAGAGACCAGUGUCCUGAAAGGAGUUGAUGGCUUAAAGUCAGGCGCCUCAGAUGGUGUUCACCCUGCGCAUGAUGAACAUGAAAUGAAGGUUGACAGCAAAUGAAAGCAGAGAUCAAGUUUCAAGAAAUGCAACACAGUUCCUGUUGUUUGGUGGAAGCUUGCAGUCUGGACUCUGGAAUGUUUCUACAAAUCUUAUCAUAAUUUCAGUUGCAUGGGGAGCUGGAGUUUUAGCAGUUUUAGCGAAUGGCUCAAUGCUUUAGGUCUAGACUCCUAUCGUUACAAUUUAGUUUUGUUGCUCUCAGUUAUUGGUGAGAGAUUCAGUAGAGAUGCCUCAAGUACUCGUGCAGUAGAAUUAUAAAUAGAAAAAAAACAUACUUAAUAACUUAACAUAUUUAGGAAAGCCACAUCUGAAUCUUCAGUUUUUAUUGUACAAAUGGCUUAUGACAUUUAAGCCUUGACAUUUAUUCUCGAGGCAUCAAGAACAGUGAUUCUAAAGAUAAAUUGGCAAGUGCUACUCGUUUCUGCUAUUA